ACGCAAAUUCGGGGGCUCAGUUACGCAUUCUCCCGAAAAUACAGAAUCUCGGAUCCUAUUGUAUACACACACAAUUUGAGUUACAUGAGAUACUACACGCAACGUUGCGAGGCUUACGACCAGGAGGGAAUGCAUCUCUUCAUUUCCUUAUAGACAAUCGCUGCAGUAGCAUAGUCAGCCUUACCGAUAAUGGGCAACCAACGUAUGCAGGUAGCUUCCUCAAGUAAUCCGCAUAUUGAAGUAUCAUAGACAAGUAUUCCUCACUAAUACCAUCGAGCAUAAUACGCACCCCUCGACAAACCCGAAACAUGCGGGUGAUUGCAGAAACCUCAUCGUAGUUGCACAUGCAAUCGCAACCACGCCAGGGGGCAUAUACCAUCAAUGCGUUGGUGCUCGCAGUGAGUGUGAUACACCUCGGUCUGUAUGACCGGCGUUGUGAUAGAUACGGGGUUGUCAAACCGGGAUGUUUUACCGGACUUGCUUAUUGGGUAUGCAAAGGAAAGAAGAGGAAAGAGGAAAUAUAAACAACUUCAAGUGUAGUAGAAUAACCCAGUUCCAUCGGGUGACCCGAAUAACGCUGCAAAGAGUCGAGUUACGCACAAGGCUUCUGGUAGUCAGUUGUCAAUGGGACAGCCUUAUUAUCUUCCGGUGUCUUACACGACACGAUGUCAGAUCGUGCAUACAGAAGGGUCCAAUCCGUUAUCGUUGUCGACUUAUAUGAGGAUUGAGGAGUAGGAAGAACGAUGAUAGUUCAUGUGCUUAAUCGUGGGUGGUGGGAUAGGCUAGGAGUGAGGUUGUGAGAGGUUGUAAAUACUGCACUCUGAUUGGACGAUGCGGGGGAAGUAGGAGUGUCGUUCCCUGGGCCUCCCAUAUAUAGUCCUCCUCCCCCCUCGACCAUUUUCUCUCAUUCUCCCCCUUUCGUAUCACUUCACUCUUCCCAUCAAAAUCCCAUCAAAAAAAACUUCCCAAUCACAUUUCCAUUUCACUACAUCACUUGAUAGCGUUCAAGAACCCUUUAAGUCCAAGUAGGACAACCUCGCAUCCACACCUGUCCUACAUUGCUGUUGCUCUCACUUGAUCUCCAUAUUUCCCAUCACACUUGUGAACGUCCCCUUCCACUUAACAUGGCAAUUAACCCUUUCCUCAAUGACGAUGAGAUGACUUCUCCUCGUUCUUCCCGCUUUCCUCCCUUGUCGUCCUCCGCCCCAGAGUUUACACAAAGCAGUGCCCUGCUAUCGUCCCAGAACCAGGUCACUGAAAAGAAACUCCAUUCAAAGAGGCGCAGGUACCAAGACGAGCCCACUGCUGGUAGUGCCGCCUCCAGAUCUCGCCGCUUGGCUGAGAUCCCUCGCCGUGUUGAGCGGAUCAGAGAAGCGGAUGCUCGGCUGCGGAAUGAAGUACCCAGAACACCUGGCCCAUACCAGCUGCCAGACUUGGAUCAGUGCUCAAACAGAGCCCAGCUGUCCUCACCUGGCCUGGAGCCAGAAUAUGAACUCUAUCAGACGGCUCCGCGCAAGCCAUAUGGUGUCUCACUUGAGGCGGCCAUUGAUAACUGGCGAGGUAGCUGGCAACCAUCCCAUCUCGCUCCUGACGGAGGCUUUGCUUACGCGGGGUCCUGGUGUCACUCAGCACCCGUGGAACCUAGUCACCUAGAGCUGGAGUGGCACAUCUCUGAACGAGUUAUCCUCGCAGACGACUGGCGCCCCGAUACACCCAGGGAUACCCGACUCUCCACGCCAGACCUGCCUCCACUGUCGACAGACUUUGAGUUUUGUCCAUGCAAUCGCUCAGGCGAUCAUGAACAGGAUAGAAUAAAUCAAGAAUUCUACUUGGCGACAAGAUCCAAGAUGGACGUGCAGAUGAUAAAUGCGCUGGCGCACAUCGCCCAGGACCAAACAGCAUCCGGAGUGAGCUCCGAUAAGUCUCGCGAGAGAUGAAAGAUGCGUGAUGGUGGAGUGAAGGUAGGAUUGGCAACAUCUGUAUAGUUUUGAGAUCUGGCGUUUAUGAACUGGCACGGUGAAUUGAGCGACGUUUUUAAGAGUGGCGAAGCUAUUAAUAAUUUGUUAGGUGUAUAUAGAGUAUGUUAGUAUAUUGUGCUUAGAGAAUGAUUAUAUGCAAGCAUUAUGUGUUGAAUGUUGCUUUUGAGGAUGAAUGCCAUUUGCUGCUUGUUGCAGGGAUAAGUGAUAUAUUGCACGUAUCAGAAUAGAGGUAGUUAGACAAGCGACGAUGCGAAAGUGAGUGAGGCUGUUGGCAAUGAUAGAAAAAUGAGGUAUUGAUAUGCCUUGAUGAUGUGUUUGACUGAACGUCUGGUGUUGAGGAGACUCAAUGGGCCCAAAAUUGGGGAAGACCUGUAGGGGAUGAGUGAGAAGUGAGACUGGGAGGGUGAAAAGCAGGCAGAAGCGCCUGGUUAGCCUGAGGCAGAAACUAAGGCAUCCAGUUCUCCGACGAAAACUGGCAACACCUCAG